AAAUUAUGUAAGCCACAUUGCAAACAAAUACAUAAAGGUCACCAUGUUUUGUACGACCUUUAUGAGUAAAACUCGCGAUACUGUUAUUCCAGUACCUGCAUCACCCAUAGAUGAUUGGCAGUUGGGACAGUUUUGUUACCAAAAAUGUACACUACUGCAGCUGCGUUUAUUAUAGCGCAUUAGUGUCAAUAAUGUUAAUCACGUACCCAUUUCAUAUAUAUAUAUACGUUUGUAAAUUUGUCAAAAGGGAGAAGAGAAUAGAACCUGGUAUUGUAUUUGAAUGUUGCGGAGUUUGUGUUAGAAAUAAACCUUGAAACCAACGCGAGUUGAGUAUAGUUAAGACUUUGUUGGUAGAAGUCUGAGUAAUAAGACUUUGUUAGUAUAAGUCUUCAGGUUAAGACUUUGUUGGAAGAAGUCUUAAACAAAUAAUCCGGUUACAUAAUCCACUGCAUGAAACGGGACACUCGCGGUUUUGUUGUAAAACUUAUUUUUGGUAAUUGUGGAGAAAAUUAUGUGUAAAAAUGUAUUGUCUAUCCCUUUAUUCUUCUAGAGAACAUUAUUUUGCCUUCUUUUUUAGGACUUCUAGAUUAUUUUCUCAAACAGUAAUACGAUCACCCUUGUUUGUGACAUCCGGUUUUUGUCAAAUUAGGCUUGGAAAUCCUUCAGUUUUGUACAGUAAAUGUGAUCAAUACAUCACAAUAUCUCUAUUUACUAACCGGCCAUACCUUGAUGUUAAAUUGAACCCUCAAAUACAAUUAAAAAUGUGGUUUUCUGUCAUCGAAAAAACCCUUGUGACAAGGAAAAUGGGGUUUGGCGCACUUUAACUGCCUGUUAACUAAAAUGCCUGUUAAUAUAGUUUUUUGAUUAUAUUAAGUUAAAUUAUAACGAUUUUAAAAAUAGUUUUUUUGAACAAAAUUUAAACAUGACAUGUAGUUUAUUGCCAAAGUUACGAUGCUAUUGAAUGCAUAGCUAUGUGUCACAAUGAUAAUUUGUCGUUCAAAACGUUACAAAUCUACUGAGUCAACAUUGAAUGUCACACCUUUCCGUAAUUGUAUUAUGUUAAUUGAAAUUGAAUAACUAUUUCAAAAUCAAUCAUUCGUAGAGCUAAUUCAUGAAAUAAUACUUUCAUUUAUAUUUUAUAUUUAUAUUAUAGGAAUUUCUGUGCGUGCGUACAGAGAGAUGAUCAGGUCAGAUGUCACAAUUCACUUCACCUGCACCAGAUGCAAGAGAAGCCAAGAAGAAACAAUCAGUGGUCCAAGGGAUUCAACUCAUAUAGAGUCUUUGGACACAACACCACAAUACGGGGAGUUUGACAUUUCUAUCAUCCUGGGUGGUGUGAGUGGCAGUAAUACCUGUAGUUUGAACGCCACUUAUAUUAUAGAGACGUCAGAUCGAGAGGGACAGACGGACAGACAGACGGACACAACAGGUGAGGAGACCGACCCACCACCCACGCAUAACCUUACAGCUAGUUUCGAUGUUACAAGAAGUCCUGUUGGCGACGAACCAGAAGCCAUAGAAGUUUCCCUUCAAGAGCGAGCACUCGAGGAACAUAUUCUGCCAGAUGUUCCUGUGACCUACAAGAUCAUAGAGCAGGGAUCACAACGGGGAAAGAGGAAGCUGAUUGAUACAGAUUAUCUGCAAUGCAGAGAUUUCCUUGUGGGUGAUAUACGAGUUGAUGAAGGGAGGCAUCUCAUUUUUUCGACCCCAAAUCAACUGCGGAUCCUGCAACAAGCCAGAAGGUGGUUCUGUGAUGGGACAUUUAAGAUCCUUGCCAAACCUUUUCAGCAGCUUUGGUCCAUCCAUGCGUUUGUUACCAAAGGAGAAAGUUUCAAACAGGUUCCACUGGUAUUCUGUCUAAUGUCCAGGAGGAAAGACAGGGAUUAUGUUGCCAUUUUUCAGAAACUGAAGGAGAUCCUUCACGAUGUGCCCCAGGUGCAAUCUUUCGUGGUUGACUUUGAGAAAGCCAUCCGCAACGAAUUUCCCAACACAAUCAUCAAAGGAUGCGCUUUUCACUUCGGUCAGGCUGUGUGGCGAAAAGUGCAGGAGCUGGGAUUGAGAACGACCUACAGCAAGCGCGGCCCAGAAUACCGUUACAUCCGGUCGCUGAUGGCUUUGCCUUUCUUACCCUGGCGGACAUCCAGCCAGCCUUUGACCGUCUCUCUGCCAGGGCCGCAUCACCAGAACUACAACAGCUGGUCGGAUACAUCGACAGCAACUGGAUUGGCAGCCCCGUAUGGCAGCCCAGGAAUUGGAGUAUUUUCCAGACCAAUGUCAGAACAAACAACGAUGUAGAAGGUUGGCAUACCAGAAUCAAUUCGGAUAUUGGGAAAGCCAACGCCGCCUUCUACAUCCUCGUUCCAACUCUGCAACGCGAAGCCAGAUUGGUAGACCUGACUGUCCGGCUGGUGUCCGAGGAACAGACCCUGCGCUGUCAACGCAGAAGAUUCAAGGACAUCACUGGCAGGUUGCAUGAGGCAUGGAACAAGUACGUCGCCGGGGAUUUGACAGUAUCGCAACUUUUGCGGGAGUGUGGAGGAAUUUAUGGGCCAAACAAUGACUGAAAAUCCCUGAUGUGUCCGUGUGUGUUUCAUCGAAGUUCAUAGUGUUACUCUCUGGACUUUGUGUAUAAUACUGUGAUGUGCUUGGUUGACAAACCUGAUCUCUUUUUAUGUCUUGUAUAAUAUCACACUGUUCUUUAUACCAUGGGAAAUAAAAUAUUUAUUUUAAAAA